UGAAGUUUUCAAGGAAACAGCAAGGUUUUUUUUUGCAAUGGAAAAGGGACCGCCGAGCUAUGAACAGGCUCAUGCGCCAGCUCCUGCGGCCUAUCCUCAUCCUGUUCAGCAAGCUCCGACUAGUUUUCAAAACCAAACUACCGUGAUCGUUACGAGCGCCCAGGUCGGUCCGGAUCCGACGACCCUGGUGUGCCCGUCGUGUCGAGCCACCAUCGUGACCAGGUUGGAGUACGAAACAACCACCAAGACCCACAUUUGCGCAGCGAUUCUGUGUCUGUUUAUCUGCUGGCCAUGUGUCUGCAUACCGUACUGUUCGACGUCGUGCCGAGACGCGAACCACUACUGCCCCAACUGUGGCUCCUACAUCGGAACCUACCGCAAGUAG